CAACCGCGAGAGGAUAACAAAUAUCUUUCGCUUACAGCAAUACUCGUUCGCAUCGCACGAUGUUGCGCAUAUGGUCCAGUCGCUAACGGAUGUGACAUCGACGCUCACAGAAGGCGCAUCGGACCUCAUGCCGCAGACAAUUUGGUACUGCCAGCCGUUGGAAUCUGUCCAGAGAGUGUUGUUCUGGCAUGCUAAUGAAGCUUCUGUCGAUGCGUCGGAAGUAGGGGCACUCAAGUUUGGAGUGUCGUUGGUGCUGUUGGCGAUGUAUGCUGUUCCGUUGUUCGGAGACGUGACUUCGUUAGAGAUGCUCGGAUUCGUGGCAAUGCUCGUAUAUGUGAUGUUAUCGCUAGGGUUAGUCUCGAAAAUGGUUGAGCCGUUCAACUCUGCUGUCACGGUUGCGCUAUUGAAUGAGGCCAGUGUUUCGGUCGAAAUGUUUGAGAGCGUUCUGGAAGUAGCAAGCGAUGUGGUGCUAUAUCCCGUAUCGUUGAAGAGUACUGCUGGCAAGGCCAUACUUAUGGAGGCUGCACUUGUCGGCGUGGAUACGGUUGGCACAGUGUACAAACGAUCUGAACUGUUUCCACUGCGUAUCUCCGAUGAGGACGCAGCUGGCGAGCUGGUCGCGCCGAUGCCGAAGAGUACAUAGUCUGCAAUGGCCGUCGUGCUGGUAGUGAAAUUUUGAGUUGCUUGAGGCCAAGCCGGGCCUGGUGUCCCAACUAGGUUCUCCGUGCUGGUGGAGGACGGUAAGAUGCUAAACACCUUCGUUGCAGAACCAUUGACCGGAAGCAAAGCAGGACUGGCGGAUGAGGUGCUGUCGAAUAUUGGGGUGCUGACUG